CAGACAUAUCACUCUCACGAGCGCUACUGACAGUCAAACAAUUUUUGUACGCGAGCUUGCAAUGUAACACCGCGAGUGCUCGCGUUUUAUCAGAAAAUUGAUACUACCUUGCUACUGUUACUGCUACACGAAAGUAAAAAUGAACGUCGUUAUAUUUCAUUCGCAUUGUUGUAACUCUACCUCGCUCUGUGUACAAAUAACAUCACAACAAUGUGAAAGAAAGAAAAAUUGUCAAUAGUUUACCAGACACGAGUAACAAAGUAUACGUAGGCUUGCAUUAAUUCAAUAAUGCUGAACUAAAGGAGCUCUACAUUACGUACGUGUGCUCCGUCAUUUUUAAAGUGGCUUAGUUUUGGUACUUCAGCGUUGCGCUGACUGCAAUUGCUCUUGCAAGAAGUCAAGGCGAGAUAAUAGCGACUAUAUUGGACAGGUUUUUAAUAGCAAUCACUCAUUACGAUUCAGUCGAAUUCAGCGAAUACGUUGAGCGCGCGGGCGAAAGCUGGCACGAAAAGCUCGCCUCUGCUUUGGAAAGACCGGGUGAGAAAAUGGGCGUGUGGCGACCAGGACCAACAGCGCAGAUCUUUCUGGGCAUCUUCUGCGGUGUUCUGCUCGGAGUGGGCCUGAAAUUCUGGACCAAUCAGCCGUGGACGGAGCGUCAAUUGAUGUACUUGCAGUUCCCGGGAGAGCUCUUUCUGCGAACGGUCAACUGCUGCAUCUUGCCACUCGUCAUAUCGAGUAUCGUCAGCGCGAGCUCAAAUCUCAGCAAAUCUGGUAGCAUAGGGAUCCAGGCGUUACUGUACUACGUAACCACGACUUCGCUAGGGAUCGCUCUGUGCGUCACGCUGUCUUUGACCGUUCAACCCGGCAAAUGGGGAACGACCGACGGAAUCAAUGCCACUGACAUUCGACCGCGGCGCGCUCACGUGAGCUUCGUCACCGUCGACACGCUUCUGGAUUUGCUAAGGAACUUACUGCCGGAGAAUCUGAUACAGGCCACACUGUCUCAGUAUCAAACAGUUUUAAUUGAUUCAAAAGUAAAUGUAUCCUGUGAUAAAAUAGCAGCGGCGGCGACAACAGCAGGUGACUCGCCGGCGACAACGCCGGUGUACGACAUGGGAAUAUCGCGCGAGUACGGCAGCGGCACGAACGUUCUCGGCCUGGUGUUUUGCGGCUUGGUAUUCGGCCUGACACUCGGCGCGAUGGCCGACGAGCACAAACAGCCGUUACAGAGCUUUUUCCGCAGCCUCGCCGCUGCCACUGCCGAGAUCAUAGACCUGGUGAUCAAGGCUGCGCCGAUCGCCGUAAUAUUCCUGAUAUCCAGCAAGAUCCUGAGAGGCGGCGAGCAGUCGAGCGGCCUGGAAGUCGCGCGACUGGGAAUCUUCGUGUUAACGGUGUUCGCGGGUCUGGCGAUUCAAGCGCUGCUCGUGCUGCCGCUCAUUUACUUGGCGUGCACGCGCCACUCGCCUUACAAAAUAAUUACGAGCGUCGGGCCAGCUCUCAUUACUGCCUUCGGCACUUCUUCAAGCACGGCAACGGUCCCAACAACGAUCAGGUGCCUCGAUAAACUUGGCAUGGAUCCACAGGUCUCGAGAUUCGUGGCUCCGAUCGGGGCGACGAUAAACAUGGACGGGAUCGCGCUUUACGAGACUGUCGGUGCACUUUUCAUUAUGCAAAUGAGAGGUCUAGAUUUAUCGCUUAUGCAGACCGUAGCCAUUAGCAUCACCUGCACAUUGUCUUGCAUCGGCGCUGCGGGGAUGCCGAGCGGCGGCUACGCCAUGCUAAUUAUGGUGCUCAAUUCCUUGGGCAUUCCCGCCGAGGAUGUUACGCUAAUUAUUGCCGUGGAUAGUUUUGUUGAUCGAUUCAGGACGACUGUGAAUAUCAUAGCCGAUUCCUUAGGAGCGGGUAUUAUCAGUGAAAUAGUCAGAAAAGAGAAAAAACGAGCCCGUAGAAAUGGUGAAAUUUAUAAUGUAGUUUAUACGCCCAAGGAAGUGGAAUGACUGCACGCAUAUUCAUUUCAUAUUUAUUUUAAUUAUCAUAAUAAUAAAUUUGUACAAAUCUAAUGGUUGUAAAAGCUAGUAUUUACGAACAGUGUAAAUCAAUUUAUUGAUAUAUUUUAUGUAAAAUGUAGAUUUUCAAAUUUCUACAACUACGAUUGUGCGUUACACGGUCUCAUAAUCAUCCAACGCUAAAGCGCGCGUUUGUGCGAUACGGUUCAUUUCUAAGAAAACUAAUUUGAAUGGAGCAUUGUAUCUUUCUUUUCUGGAAGUAAAAAUUCAUCCGAUGAAAACAUUAUCCUUCAAUCGAGGAGCUACUCGCUUAUAAGUAUUAUUAAAAGUAAAUAUAACUUAAUUUAAAGUCAUGCGUUUUUCCCUCGCAACUCUUGAUUCAUCUAACAUUUUUUUCAAGAUUUACGGAUGAAUUUUCCCAUCUUUCUUCAAAAAUUGUACAAGUUUUCAGGAUUUUUAUAAAAUUUUACGAGCCUUGUAAUUAUACAGCGCACUUUUAAAAUGAAAUUCACAUUUGAAGAAUUCAAAUUUUCUUAAAUCGUCUAGGGCUUGAUUAUAUAACUUAUACGUAUACGUGAAAAGAAACACGUUCAUAUUGCAAUAUGACAGUCGACCGCUUUUGACUUAAGUGAUAUAAAAUAUAUGAUAGAAAAAAAGCUAAUAAACUGCUUGCUAACUAUGAAAUAUUUGUAAUAAAGGACGUUAAGGUUUUAAAAGUUUUCAUGAUUCAAGGUUUUGUUAGCUCAACGUGACCUUUUACCGGAGACGAAUAUCACUUUCGGCUAUAUAGCAUUUUAAUAAUUGCUUAAACUAUCGGCUUUCAUCCGAGACACUGCAGUCCGACAGCAAAUAACCAACCACUUAAUCGUUUAUUUUCUCUUUUGAGAGAUGAGUUCUUAUCCGAGAACACAACUCUUCUCUUACGAUCCUACUGUACAUGUUUUAAAGCAUUUAACUGGCUUUAUAAUAAAUAUUCAUGAUAAUUCAAUAAAAACUAUAAAUUGUUAUUUCCAAGCGAUCGCUUGGUCGCGUCGUUUACUGAUCACGAGUCAGACAAGUAAGCAACGUCGAACGUCGCCCGCAUAGUAUCACUAACUCACGCGAAUAGGCCCAUAAGGAGCGCCACGAAUAAUCAGAUUCAACUUAUUUUUCGCGGUUAUUGCAAGUGCUCGGAUGAAGGCGCGAUUAUUUGCGAUUUCAUAAUGAAAAUCUACACGCCUAAAACUUUCAAGGAUAAACACGGUCCUUGGUAUACAUUUCUGCAUAUUUCAAUGCUUUUGGAAUAAAUAGGCUUAAGAUUUUAUUUUCGUCAUAACGUGACUUGUGUUCAUUAAAUAAGCCACCGAAAAAUGUGCCGGUAUGAGAAAGAAUUUCAAUAAAAUACGAAUAGGAGUGUAAUUUUAUUGUUAGUAUCAGAAAAAGUGCGUGUGGAAGUAAAAUAAGCCAUCAGGCGAUCUCGGCGUCAGGAGUCAAGAGUUGGAGGCUGUUACCAAACGAAGAAAAAAAGAGGCGGAAGCUAGAGUGUAAACAGUUGGAGGCUAUAGAAGAGGCUAGAGAAAAGCAGAUUCAAGCUGAAUCAGAUAGCAGAAGUAUGGCAAAAAACGAAUGAUCUAACAACACUGACCAAUUGGUUUGCCAACAUUACGUUACGACAUUUCAACCGACGAUCACUUUCACGAAUACUGUCAACGAUUUGUUCGACAGAUUUUCGUGCGUACGUGUCUACAACCCUAUGAUCAAGGAAGUUUAUCUAAAAGUUAUUAUUACGUUAACGAAAACAACCACAAACCGGAGGCUAUACUAUUUGUCGCACACUCGCCGCUCAAUCUACAUUUCAGGUUUGUCUAAACCAAAAAUCUGUGAAACAAUAAAACAUUCGUUUCAUUGCGAAUCGUACUCUCCAAAGUAGAUAUGUGUAAAGUUUUAGUAAAUAUAUAAUGAACAAAACAAUUUUACGAAGCAAUUAA